GGGCUAACAUUUUAUUCCUUUCCUUGUGAAAGGCUUCCUUUCGGCUAACAUUUAUUAAUUCCUUUCAUUGCUAAAGGCUAACAUUUAAUUCCUUUCAUUACGAAAGGCUAACAUUUAAAAUUCUUUUCAUUGCGUCACGAAAACUAAAAUUUUAUCUUUUUUUAUAUUAAAUAAAAAUAGGAAAAAUAAAGAAUCCUUGCUGCCAUAGAAGUAAUCUACAUAAAUUAUCUCUAUUUUUCGGAUUGAAGAUUAAGGAUAUAAAAUCAAAAGAGAUUAAUGAGUGGAUGAAAGCUACAUUCAAAUAUGACUUUAAUCAUUUACGGAUUUAUUCAUUUUAAGUCUGUCGAACAAACAAAUAAAUUCUUUAAUUUCGUAAAGAAAAAAGAACUUAUUGGGCCACAUAGGAAAUAUAUUAAGUUUAAAUUAUCAACGGCAAAUCCAACAGAAAUUAAUAUUGGUGACAUAGAAUUUGUUGGUCCCUCGAAAAAAAAUCAAAUAGAAUUAAAGAUAAAUUCAUUUUUCAAACAAUCAAAAGGAAAUACAGCGUCGAAUAAAAAUAAUGCACAAAAUUCAUCUAUUGGUAAAGGAAAUAUGGCGUCAAACAAUGCACAAAAUCCAUUUAUUGAGAUGGAACGAAAGAUCUUAGAGUUAAGAUUAAAAAAACAAAAUCUAGAAAUUGAAUUAUAUGAACAGGAAGAAAAAAUUAAAAAAAUUAAAGAAAAUCUUCAAAAAGUCGAAGAUCUUAAAACUUUGAUUCAAUUUAAGUAG